AUGGCUUGCUCUGCGCAAUCCAUGACCAUCGAGUCGUAUCCCGAGGCAAACACAUCCGCUUAUUCAACAACCCCCUCCGAGGAGACCAGCUUACUCCGCGACCGUCGGCGCCGUCACUCGUUCCACACGGCUCGGAAGCUGUCCUUAGAUUAUGACGCAGAUGCGGUGUUCCUGAGAGUCGAACUUUUCCUGACGGAGCUGGAGCGACGAAUGCUGUGGAUUGAGCAAUAUGGCAAAUCCCACAUGGAUCAGAUCGAUGCCAGCCUCCGUCGCGGCUACGCUACCUUGGAGGCCGUGCGGGACUCGUGCUCUCACGCUUCCGGAGAGCUCAUGGGCAGCGGCAAGAAGCGCGCCAAGAUCCUGGUGGACACCUUGGAGGACCGUUAUAAGGAUGCUCUCGCCACGAAGGAAACAUUAGAACAGAAAGCCCAAGCCGGUGUCCGCCUCAUGGAAUCUUUUCUCGUCGAGCUGGAGUCUCGUGCUCACGCCGGGUGGGACCGCGGGUUAGACGGCGCGUUGGAUGGGGCGUGGAAGGCGAUGGACUCGAGCUUGGUGCAUGCCCGGGAGGUGGUCGACGAGGGCAUGGAGCGAGCGCGUCGGGCCAAGGAGGCAAUGAAGGAGAACAUUGACCGGGCGAUCCUGCUGGCCCAGGAGAAGCGGUUGAUCGGUUAUGCGGACCUCCCGCAGCCGUGGCGGGUGAACCCCCACAUUCUUGAGGGAUACCGGUUCACGCACUCGAAGGUGGAGUGCUUGGCCUCCAUGUUCACCUUCUCCAACGAGCUUGUCAACAUCUGGUCGCAUCUGAUCGGGUUGUUCAUCGUGCUCUCUGUGGCUUUCUACUUCUACCCGCUGAACCCCAACUUCCACCUGAGCACCAAGACGGAUGUGCUGGUGGCCGCAGUCUUCUUUUUCGCGGCGUGCAAGUGCCUGGUAUGCAGCACCUUGUGGCACACGAUGAACAGCAUUGCCAGCCAGACACUGAUGGAGCGGUUCGCGUGCGUGGACUACACGGGUAUCUCGAUGCUAGUCGCGGCCUCGAUUGUGACGACCGAGUACACCGCCUUCUACUGCGAGCCAGUGUCGCGGUGGAUCUACAUCCUGCUGACGAUGUCUCUGGGUAUCGGCGGAGUGAUCCUGCCGUGGCACCCCACCUUCAACCGGGCGGACAUGGCGUGGGCACGGGUGGCUUUCUAUGUGUCGCUGGCUCUGACCGGGUUCGCCCCGCUGGCGCAGCUGACCUACACCCGGGGCUUCUUCUGGUGUCUGUACUUCUAUGCGCCGGUGGUGAAGAGUGUCCUGGUGUAUUUCGUGGGGGCGUGUGUGUAUGCGUCUCAGGUGCCGGAGCGGUGGCGGCCCGGACUGUUCGACUAUGUGGGAGGCAGCCACAACAUCUGGCACCUUGCUGUGCUGGGCGGGAUUCUGUUCCAUUACCUGGCGAUGCAGGAUCUGUUUGCGGGAGCGUUCAAGCGGGCGCAGGGGGAGUGCCCGAACAUGGUGAAUUAG